GUCCAUUAACAAAAAGGUCCAGAGAGGCUAAGCAGCAGCAGCAGUCUUCAACACCCCCCAAAAAGAAAUGGGAGGGAGAGGAAGAGGAAGCAGGUCACGAACUCAAAGAAAGCACUUUCGUGAUGGCAGAGAGAAUGUUUGGAAGCGCCCCAAAUCUGACAGUGCCUCGUCUGAUCCCAACAGCAACAACAACUCUGAGAACAAGACUCAUUGGCAGCCUUUUGCUACUCAAAACCCCGCCUUCGAUGAAUACUACAAGGAGCAAGGGAUAGUGACAGCAGAAGAAUGGGAUACCUUUGUCGAAGUUCUAAGAACACCCUUGCCUGCUGCUUUUAGAAUCAAUUCAAGUAGCCAAUUUUGUGAAGAUAUCAAAUCACAGCUUGAGAAUGACUUUAUGAAUUCUCUUAAAGCAGAGACCACUGAUGGUGGUGAAGUGGAGGCUAUUAGACCAUUGCCUUGGUACCCUGAUAAUCUUGCCUGGCAUUCAAAUUUUUCCCGGAUGCAGCUAAGGAAGAACCAAACCCUUGAGAGGUUCCAUGAGUUCUUAAAGCUAGAAAAUGAAAUUGGAAACAUCACCAGACAGGAGGCUGUCAGCAUGGUACCUCCACUCUUCCUUGAUGUACGUCCGGAUCAUUUUGUAUUUGAUAUGUGUGCUGCACCAGGUUCAAAAACAUUUCAGUUGCUGGAGAUUAUAUACCAAUCAACAAAGUCAGGAUCACUUCCUGAUGGAAUGGUUAUGGCAAAUGAUCUGGAUGUCCAGAGAUGUAAUCUUCUCAUCCAUCAAACAAAAAGAAUGUGCACUGCCAACUUGAUAGUCACAAAUAAUGAAGCCCAACACUUCCCUGGGUGCCGUGCAGACAAAAAUGGCUCUAAAGCUUCUGAAAUGGAAAUCGAGCCACAGAUUAGUCAGCUUCUCUUUGAUCGAGUGCUAUGUGAUGUUCCCUGUAGUGGAGAUGGUACCCUCCGCAAGGCUCCAGAUAUGUGGAGGAAAUGGAAUCCAGGGAUGGGCAAUGGGCUCCAUAGUCUACAAAUUCAGAUAGCGAUGCGAGGCCUAUCAUUGCUCAAAGUUGGUGGAAGAAUGGUGUACUCAACUUGCUCAAUGAAUCCAGUUGAGGAUGAGGCUGUUGUUGCUGAGAUUCUACGGAAAUGUGGAGGGUCUGUUGAACUUGUUGACGUCUCCAGUGAACUUCCUCAACUUGUUCGUCGGCCUGGUGUCAGAAAAUGGAAGGUACGUGACAAAGAUCUCUGGUUAGCUUCCCACAAAGACGUCUCCAAAUUCCAGAGAUACCAUAUACUUCCCAGCAUGUUUCCUUCAGGCAAAAGCUAUGUUGCCCCAGCCAACACGGAUCUUGAGCACGAGAAUGGUGAAAAUGCAAUUUCUGAAGAUGGGAUUCAGCCAACAGAAGAUGCUUCUACCGAAGAUUUGAUUGAGGAAGUUUCUGAACUCCCCCUGGAACGUUGUAUGAGGAUAGUGCCUCAUGAUCAGAACAGUGGGGCCUUUUUCAUUGCUGUCCUCCAGAAACUCUCUCCUUUACCAGCCAUUCAGGAGAAACCCAGUAAGAAAAGGAAUUUGUUCAAAAAGAAUCCUGAACUGCAAGGAAAAUUAUUGGAUCAGGUUACUGAAGAUAAUAGUGGGCUGGAGCCAGACUCCAGAGAUGUCGCAGUAGAAAAAAUUUCUGAAGCAGCCACAGAGGCAGAUUUAAUUGUUGAUGAGCCAGAUGAAGUUGAUAUGGAACCUGAUCCUUCUAAUAUAUCUAACCAAGAUUCAGAGGAAACCAAAGCACUGGUUAAUGGGGAAACUGAUUCUGGGAAGGCUGUGGGGAAGAGAAAGUUGCAACUUCAAGGCAAAUGGAAAGGGGUUGACCCUGUUCUUUUCUUUAAAGAUGAAUCUAUUAUCAAUAGCAUAAAAAUGUUCUAUGGGAUUGAUGAGUCAUUUCCUUUUGAUGGCCACUUAAUCUCAAGAAAUAGUGAUAAGAACCAUGUGAAGAGAAUUUACUAUGUCUCAAAGUCAGUUAAGGAUGUUCUUGGGUUGAAUUUCCGUGUUGGUCAGCAACUUAAGAUUGCUUCUAUCGGCCUGAAGAUGUUUGAGCGACAAACUUCAAGAGAAGGUACCUCUACCCCCUGUUCAUUCAGGAUAUCAUCAGAAGGAUUGCCGGUGAUUCUUCCACACAUCACUAAUCAGAUCCUAUAUGCAUCCUCGGUAGAUUUCAAGCAUCUUUUGCAGUAUAAAGCAAUAAAGUUUGCUGACUUUGUUGAUGCUGAGUUUGGCGAGAAGGCAUCAAAGCUAAUGAUGGGUUGUUGUGUUAUAGUCAUGCGAGACAGCAAAACCAUGUCGAAUCCUAUCAAGGUGGAUGCGUCAACAAUAGCCAUUGGCUGCUGGAAGGGUAGAUCCAAUUUGAGUGUGAUGGUCACAGCAAUUGACUGCCAAGAAUUGCUAGAAAGGCUUUCAGUUCGCAUGGAAGCCGAAAAAGGCUCUUCAGUGCAAGAAAACAAGUUCAGUGUUGAUGAACUGCAGCUUAAUGGAGCAAGCAAGGUUGAAGAAUCUGAAACUACUCAGCUGGUUGCAGAUGCUUGAAUUUACAGCAACUUUUGAGUUUGUCUCUAAUCUAUCUGUACCAGUUCUGGAUUUAUUUAUUUUUAAUAGAUACAACAUAUCAUUUAUUUUUAGCCUCUUCUGGGUACCAAUUUUAUAAUGUUCCAGGUUUUGUAUUUUAUCAGAAUGACUAAACCUUUUUUGCUGUAUUAAGCUAAUGCAAUUUUGACGAGCUA